AUGUCCACAGCUAAUUCAUCACUGACAUCGCUACUGGAUGCAUUAGAACAGGUUAUGAGCCCUGUCAGCGUCUUCUGGGCUUCUCGCAGACUUGUGGAAGACCAAAAACUGAAGUCAGCGGAGAAUUUUCCUGAGUGGAGAGGGAACCUGAGGCUACUACUUGAAGAGGCCAGGCUUAGUCUACUUGAGUAUGCAGACACUGGGAAUGUUUCAGUUCCUGGGGAAGACUAUCCCGAAGCGGCCCGGUUAGUCUUGAGAAACGCUUACGAAGAAGUUAUACAAAUGUUUUUAGAGAACACUGUCAGUGACGCUGUCUGGAAAGUCAUUCCACCUGACAUCAGAGGAAGAAGUCUUCUUCACUAUCUGGAGGAUAAGUUUGGACAGAUUAAGAUUUCUGAUUUAUACAGAUCUCUUGAAAGUUAUGUUCGAAACCCUAAUAUGGAUGUGUAUGAGUGGUUUAAUCUCACUUCCAAUAUUGGUGGGUGGAUUGACGACAGAUAUGCUAUCAUGACUCUUUAUCAUUUGGCGCUUCUUCAAGAUGAGAAGCUAGAGCAAGAGUUUUUCAAAUCUGAACCUGUCAAAGUUACACGCCAGAUGAUGAUUAACGUAUGCAGGUAUCGUGAAUCUGCCGAUAACGGCGGUAAAAUUGCCUUCAUAGCCAAGAAAGGUUCAAGCUCUACUCCAUCUAAGAAGAAGAAGAAGAAGAACAUUUGUCUUAGGUGUAAGAAACCUGGACAUAAGUCACCUGACUGUACCGCUCCUUUUCCAGUCGGUAUAGACGAAAGUGACAAUCGAGGCUUUUGA